AACAACAACAACCAUGGAUUUGAAAUGAUGUUAUUUUUGUAUUUUUAAGAGUUACAGCUAUUAAUUCGAAGGCAUAUUGUUCAUUAUCAGUUUCAGGGUUAAAAGAUGGACUAUAACCAGAUACCUAUGAACCCCUAUGCAGGGGCAGAAAUACAGGUAGAUGCAUCUCAAGCACCAAGGAUGAUCGAUCCUAACAUGAUUGAUCCAAAUAUGAUUGACCCAACCAUGAUUGACCCUACUUUAAUGAACCCUUAUGCUCCUCCGAUGUUCCCUGGGGCAGAAGCAGCUCCUCUACCUAACCAGGAGUACAAGCAGUUACACAGUCUCAUGGUAGAUGGUGGUGAUAGAUUUGGUGUGUCAUGUCUAUGCUUUGAUACACAAGAACUUCUCUGGAUGGGAAAUCAAGGGGGUCAUGUGACAUCCUACUAUGGACCUAGCCUGCAGAAGUACACAUCAUUCCAGAUGCAUCAAAAUGAAGAUGUCCGACAGAUGGCGCCACUUAAAGACAGGGGAAUAUUGUCACUGACUCAAAGUAGUUUGAGAUUGUCAGUAAGAAGGGGAACUUCACAGUUUACGUUUCAGAGUCCAGACAUGCAUGAUAUGCAGUGUAUGUUGGUAACCAGUCCAACAUCUCUCCUGAUUGGUGGACAUCAUACAAAGGUCAUUGACCUUGACCUUACAACAGUCACAGAGAGACAGAAGUUUGAGGUGCCAGAUCCUGGUUGUGCUAUUUUAAGAACUACCAGCAAAUGCAUCUGUGCUGGAGACACCAGUGGGAAGGUAACACUUUAUGAUCCAAAUACUAUGAAAGCUGAACAUGUCUUUGAUGCUCAUUCAGGGACUCUGUCAGAUUUUGAUAUCCAUGGCAACCUUUUGGUGACAUGUGGCUUCUCUAGCAGGGUAGGUAAUCUAACACCUGACAGAUAUUUGAAGAUGUAUGAUCUACGGAUGAUGAGAUCUAUGUCACCUCUACAGCUGAUUAUUGACCCCACAUUCCUACGAUUUGUACCUACAUACUCUAGCAGACUGGCCGUUGUUUCACAGGUUGGUCAGUUUCAAGUAAUAGAGGCCACAGGGACUGCCUCUCUCAACAUGUAUCAGGUCCAGUGUCAUAAUUCAAUCAUCAUGAGUUUUGAUGUAGCAGCCACAUGUCAGGCUCUGGCAUUUGGUGACAGUGGAGGUUAUCUACACCUAUUUGCCACAGAUGAAAAUAUUCAGUUUAAUCCCUUUCAUGAAGACACAGACCUUGCUGACCCAGUUGAGCCUAGUCAGAAUAUUCAUAUCCAUGACUUCUCUACACCUUACGCCAUGGUUCCCAUGAGUUAUCCUGGUACAGGCAAACUUCUCUCUGAUUGGCCAGAAUACCUAUGUGAAAAAGUUUACAGGAAGCCCAAGCAAAUUGAUUCUGAGAUAUUACGCACUAUGAAAGUGUAUCACAAUGUUGGUUAUGCCCCAAAUCCUGGGAAGGAAAGAAGAAAUCAGAUCCCAUACACAAAGGGUACAGAAGGCACGGCAAAGGGGAAAUCUAACAUACCAGAAUCACCCCUGGGCCGAGGAGAUGACCCAUUUAUGGCGAUACCAAAGCGAUUUAGAAAGGUGGAUCUUAAGUAUUCAAAGCUGGGCUUGGAAGAUUUUGACUUCAGACAUUAUAAUAAAACACAUUUUGCUGGACUGGAGAUUCAUAUACCUAAUGUUUAUUGUAAUAGCAUGUUGCAGAUAUUUUACUUCAUUGAGCCACUAAGAGUUAAGUUACUGAACCACCUGUGUGAUAGAGAAUUCUGCCUGUCUUGUGAACUGGGUUUCCUAUUUCAUAUGUUAGAUAAACAGAAAGGUCAGACUAGUCAGGCGAGUAAUUUUUUGAGGGCAUUCCGUACCUUGCCUGAGGCUGCAGCGUUGGGUCUUGUACUAGCAGAGAAUGAGGAAGUGGCGGGACGGACAAAUCUCGGACGAUUGAUCCAAAGCUGGCAGAGGUUCAUGCAUCAGCAGAUACAUUCUGAAACCUCACCAAGGCCUAUGAUAGAAAAUAAGCUGGAGGUGCCCGAAGUUGAGAAAGAAGAAACAGUCGUUGAAGGUGCCACAGCAGAAGCUCCCCCGCCAGUAGAGGAACCUGAAAAACCUGUAGAGGAGAAGGUAGAAAAGGAAAAGGAGGUGAAGAAAGAGGAGCCAAAAUCAUCAAAGUCCAAGAAGAAAAAGAAAAAAGGCAAGAAGGAUAAAAAAGAGGAUAAAGAAGCAAAAAAAGCUGCUGCUACAGAGACUACACAGGGGAGUGUCACAGAACAGCCAGCAGAGAAACCUGAGGGGGAGGGUACUGAAACACCUGUGGAGUCUCCAAGAGAAGAGAAAGAAAAGAAAGAUGGGUCUGUGGUCAACGAUAUAUUUGGUCUGGACACCGUGACAACAUUGAGGUGUCGCUGCGGCCAGGAAAAUACGAGGCAGAACACUACAACACUUGUGAAUCUCAAUUAUCCCGACUGCUCUGGACAAGGUUUAAACAAGGGACCAGUCCCAAAGUCAGGUAAACAACAAAGUAAAGAAGUGCUCACACUGCCAGAUGUGUUAGCUUUAAACUGCCAGCUGGAGAAUCCGAGAGAUCUGGAGUUCUGGAAGAUACAGCUUAUGUUAUUAAAGCAGAAAGAUGAAGGUGAGAACUCAUCAUCAACAUCAUCAUCCCCUAUCCCACUACAGUCAACUACGGUCAUGUGUAGAUAUGGUAGAAAAUGUACAAAGAAAGGCUGCAGGUUUAGGCAUGAGCAAGAUAAUAGCUCCUGGUUACAAGAUGACAUCAUGAAGAUACACACAGAUGACGAGAAUGAUCCAGUAUGGAUACCAUUUGGUCUACAGGUUAAAUUAGAGAAUGGUAAACUGAAAAUAGAGGAGUUCCCUGAUGAUGAGCCAUUACCAGAUGAUCUAGAUCCAAACACAAAAUAUUACGAGUUGCAUGGUACAGUAUCCCAUAUCAAGGACAGUAAGGGUGGCGGCCAUCUUGUCAGCCAUAUUAAAGUGGGAGAAACGUUCCACCAGAGGAAAGAAGGUGUAACAACCACACAGUUUUAUCUCUUUAAUGACUUCUCUAUCUCAGAUGUGGAAAAAGAAGAGGCUGUCCGGUUUAAUCUGGAAUGGAGGGUACCUUGUACACUCUACUUUAUUCGUAGAAACAUCAAACAGUUCUAUGAUAUCACAGUGGUUAACCCAAUUACCAGCACUGUACUGACAGAUGAGUCCACCCUUAUCAACCCAAAGAGGAGAAAAAUGACAUUUUUGCCAUUCACUGAUGAAGAGUCUCCAAAAGAAGGGGACAUAAUUGGGCUUGAUGCGGAGUUUGUCUCCCUUAAUCAGGAAGAAUCUGAGUUGAGAAGUGAUGGUACAAGGUCAACUCUGCGACCUAGUCACAUGUCUGUAGCUAGGAUUACAUGUAUCAGAGGACAAGGAGAAAACCUUGGUGAACCUUUCAUAGAUGACUAUAUCUGUAGUCAUGAACAGGUAGUGGAUUACCUUACACAGUAUUCUGGAAUCAAACCUGGUGACCUUGACCCAACCUUGUCUAAUCGUCACCUGACCACGUUAAAGGCAACCUAUCAGAAGAUCCGAUACCUAGUGGACACGGGGGUCAUAUUUGUGGGUCAUGGGCUCAAGAAGGAUUUUAGGGUCAUCAAUAUCCAUGUGCCAAGGGACCAGAUAAUUGACACUGUAGAAUUGUUUCACCUGCCUAGACAGAGAAUGAUCUCACUCAAGUUCCUGGCCUGGUACUUUCUCAAGAUCAAUAUACAGUCAAUAACCCAUGACUCUGUGGAGGACGCGAGAACUGCCCUACAGUUGUACCUGAAAUACCAGGAGAUGUCUAAAGAAGGCAUGGACAAAGUGCGUAAAGUUAUAAAAGAGAUGUACGAGUUUGGACGUAAAAAUCAGUGGAAAAUAUCCGAAGGCAUAGAAGAGGCGACGGAUGACAAUGCAAUAGCUUUCUUGUAAAGUAAAACAAUGGAAAAUGUUAUUUAAUGUUCAUUUGGUUAUGACCAGAUCGUGUUUGAACCUUUGGAAAACUGUGGUAACGCAAAGAGUUGACUGAUGAUACCGCAAUAUCUUUCUUAUAGAAAGAAGUCAUGGAUGAGUAUUGAUAUUGUUUUACCAGACUGAAUUAGAUGAACACAAGGUUCAUUAUAAUACUGGUUCCUCAUCAAAUAAAUGGCUUUUGAAGAAUUAUUGUGGUUUCCUCAAACUACUGGUUUCGAGGAACUUAAAUAUGAAGAUGUGCGGAAAAGAAACUUUGAUACCGGUAGAUGUUAAUGAAAACUGUUACAGUAUAGAAACAAUGGUGAGAUCCUGACAAAUGAAAAGGUAAACAAAAAUAAUGUGGAUAAUAUUAGAGGGAUGAUGCCCUGUGAAUGAUUUAAUGUCAGGUGGAUAAUGUUGUGUCUUUUUAGCUCACCUGUCACAAAGUGACAGGGUGAGCUUUUGUGAUCGCUUUUCGUCCGGCGUCCGUCCGUCCGUCGUCCGUCCGUCCGUAAACUUUUGCCUAAAAUGACAUCUCCUCAUAAACCACUAUGCCAAUUUCAUCCAAACUUCACAGGAAUGUUCCUUUGGUGGUCACCUUUAAAAAUUGUUCAAAGAAUUUAAUUCCAUGCAGAACUCUGGUUGCCAUGGCAACCAAAAGAAAAAAACUUUAAAUAUCUUCUUUUAAAAAACCAUAAGAGCUAGAGCUUAGAUAUUUGGCAUGAAACAUCUUCUAGUGAGUGUCUACCAAGUUUGUUCAAAUAAAAGCCCUGGGGUCAAAAUUGGCCCCGCCCCAGGGGGGCAUUGAUUUUCCCUAUAUGCAUAUAGUAAAAACUUAAAAAAUCUUCUUUUAAAGAACCGUAAGAGCUAGAGCUAAGAUAUUAAGCAUGAAACAUCUUCUAGUGAGUGUCUACCAAGUUUGUUCAAAUUAAAGCCCUGGGGUCAAAAUUGGCCCCGCCCCGAGGGUCAUUGAUUUUCCCUAUAUGCAUAUAGUAAAAACUUAAAAAAUCUUCUUUUAAAGAACCAUAAGAGCUAGAGCUUAGAUAUUUGGCAUGAAACAUCUUCUAGUGAAUGUCUACCAAGUUUGUUCAAAUAAAAGCCCUUGGGUCAAAAUUGACCCCGCCCCAGGGGGUCAUAGAUUUUCCCUAUAUGCAUAUAGUAAAAACUUAAAAAAUCUUCUUUUAAAGAACCCAAAGAGCUAGAGCUAAGAUAUUUAGCAUGAAACAUCUUCUUAUGAGUGUCUACCAAGUUUGUUCAAAUAAAAGCCCUUGGGUCAAAAUUGGCCCCGCCCGGGGGGGGGGGGGUCAUUGAUUUUCCUUGUAUGUGUAUAGCAAAACUUUAAAAUCUUCUUUGGAAAAACCCAAAUAGCUAGAGUUAAGAUAUUAAGCAUGAAACAUCUUUAAGUAAAUAUCUACAAAGUUUGUUAAAAUAAACGACCGGGGGUCAAAACUGGCCCUGCCCCAGGGGUGUCAUUGUUUUUAACUAUAUGUUUUUACUGGUUUAUGAUAAUAAGUCUAGUAGAAUGAAAGAAUGUCAUGUUUGAAAAUUAAUAUGUAAGAUUGACACCCCAAGGUUGUAUAAAUUAUACUAUGUCAUGCAGAUAAUAUAAGGUAAUGUGGAUUCUGAAUACUCUGAUCAGGUGGGCAGUGUAUGUUUAGAUGUAUGAUAAUUAAAUUUCAUUUCAAUUUUGCUGCCUCAUUUCUUUUGUCUUGAAAGACCGGGCUUAUAUAUGUGUAUUUUUUUAAGAAUAAUUGUUGAGAUAAUCAUGUCAUAAUUAUGUGCUAAAUCUAACAGAUUUAUCUUUAUUUUGAUCUUGUACACAAAUUGUUAUUGAAAAAAAUGUCAUUAAAAAUAAAUGUGCUGAACAAUUAAA